AUGUAUAGACAAAUACCUUUAUCUGUUGCGUUCAGUAGUGAAAACCCUGACGUCAAAAUAAAGGGGAACAGAGUAACGUUUAAGUUUCCAACAGACUGGAUUGUGAACAUAAAUGAAGAGAAGUACAUUGGCAUAACAUCUAUGUAUAUAACACGUGCUUUCAGAAAGGUUGACUUUAUACUUCAAGUCGAGAUAGAAAAUGACGAACAGUCUUUAAGCGCCCAAAACAUUCACAUAUACAAAUACUUUAAAGACGAUACAACAUUGUUGCAAUGUAUGAUUUCAUUUAAUGAGAUGUUCGAGAAAAAGUUCAACAUUGAAGUACAAACUUUACAGCCUUUACGUGAGUUUCUUGCACAACUGAAAGAAGAAGGUAGUCAGCCACAACUUAUAGACUUUCAUUAUGAAUUUAAUGAAAAUGAAGAUGGAACUCAUGACUGUCAAUUCAUUGUAUUCUCACCAUUCAAUGAAGUCGCUAAAAAGAAAGAAAAUCCAUUACGUAUAAGAUUUCAAAUCUCCGAACCAAGUGAUGAUUUUAAGAAUGUUUUCAAUUAUGAUGCAAUGCUUCCGAGGAAAAAUGA